ACACCACCAAAAGUAUCAGAGAAAGAACAAAGCGAGAGAGAUGAACAGUAUCUUCUCAAUUGACGAUUUCUCCGAUCCCUUUUGGGAAUCAUCACCGCCUCUCGAUUCGGACUCGGCCAAGGCCGUUACUGCCGAUGAAUGGACCGUCGAGAUGUUUCUUGAAGAGAUCGCUUCUUCCGUGAGCUCUGAGCCUGUCGGAAACAACAACAACAACAACGCGAUCGUUGGUGUUUCGUCUGCGCAGUCUCUUCCUUCCGUCUCCGGACAGAAUGAUUUCGAAGACGACAGUCAAUUUCGCCGUCGUGUUCUUAGGAACAAGCUUGAGACUGAGUGUGCUAGUGUUGUAGCUCUUAGGGCUGGGACUGUGAAGCCUGAAGAUUCGACUGGUUCUCCUGAAACUCUGUUUCAACCAGCUCAGUCUAGUCCUCUUACUCAAGGUUCUUUGGUGACGCCUGGAGAAGUUGGUGUCACUUCUUCAUUACUGGCUGAGGUGAAAAAGACUGGUGUAUUGAUGAAGCAGGUUACUAGUGGAUCAUCUAGAGACUAUUCUGAUGAUGAUGAUCUUGAUGAAGAGAAUGAAACCACUGGUUCCUUGAAACCAGAGGAUGUAAAAAAAUCUAGAAGGAUGUUGUCUAAUCGAGAGUCAGCAAGGCGGUCUAGAAGGAGAAAGCAGGAGCAAACAUGUGAUCUUGAAACACAGGUUAAUGAGCUAAAAGGUGAGCAUUCAUCACUUCUCAAGCAGCUGAGCAACAUGAAUCACAAGUAUGAUGACGCUGCUGUUGGCAAUAGAAUACUAAAAGCCGACAUUGAGACAUUAAGAGCUAAGGUGAAAAUGGCGGAAGAGACCGUUAAGAGAGUAACAGGAAUGAAUCCUCUGCUUCUCGGUAGAUCAAACGGACAUAACAACAACAAUAGAAUGCCGUUAACUGGUUCUUCAUGCAUUCCACCUUUUCAACCACAAUCAAACCUAAACAUGGGGCUACCAACUCUUCUAUCUCCAAGACUCGAAAACAGUUUCAUUCCUACUCCAUCCUUAAACUCCCAAACUAACUCUCAUUUGCAGAGAAUAAGAAACACUCAAAACCACCAUGUUGCUCCAAGCACUAACACCUAUGACUGGACUACUGAAACUCAGAAUGAUUCAGCAUGGCCAAAAAAAUGUGUGGACUGAUGAAACAAGAAGCUGGCUUUAUAGACUUUAAUAUUGAUAUAUCUAUGCAUCUCUCAUUGUAUAUUUAAACCAUGAGAAAACAUUUGUGAGAAAAAAAACAGUCUCAUGGCCCUUAUACACUCUGUCUUGUACCAUUACAAAGACUAUUAAUAAGAAGAAUCUGUCUUUCUA